AUGAUUGUGAGGCGAGUCUCAUCGAUUGGAACACACCAGUCCUCUUUAACUCCUUACUCGAGAGCGGCAUUGAAAAUCUCAAGCACCAGCUCUUAUUAUGGGCAAAGGUCAUUCUUUGAUUCUCUACUGAGUUCAGCUCUUGGACCGUGUCCCUUGAGGUCUGUAACACAUACCAAACAUCUGCCUUAUCCUUCAACGACAAUCUUCAAAGCUGUGUCAGAUGUCUCGGGUUAUCCGACAUUUCUUCCCUUCACCAUAUCUUCCAAUGUCACGACUAGAGACCAACAAGGCUAUCCAACUCGUGCGAAGCUGAAAGUUGGCUAUGCAAAGCUCGGCCUCGAGGAGGAUUGGGACAGUGUUGUUCGUUGUGAUCCCAAGGCCGGGGUCAUCGAGGCCAAAAGCAGCGAAGAGAACAGUAAUGGUCUGUUUGAAGUGCUCAACACCAAAUGGGAUAUCAACCCAUCGACAAAAGCUGGAGAUGAUCAAACAUCUGUUUGUUUGACGGUUGAUGUCAAAUUCCGCAAUCCUGUGUACGACCAAAUGUUUUCUCAGGUGGAAGGCAAGGUUGCCAGCUCCAUGAUCGUCGCUUUUGAGAAACGGGUUGAAGAGCUACAAAGACGAAGGUGA